UCUUCCUCUUUCUCUCCACUUCGUCUACCAAAAAUAUCUCAUCAGUUCUCUCAUUCCAUCUUCUUCCCUACAGUUCUGUUAGCGAUGAGGAGGUGCUAUUCCAAAUUCAGUUCUUUCCACUUGGGUUUCAAAAAUUCCAACUUUUUCCUGGUUGAUUCUGCAAUUGGUUCUGGCUCAGUGACAAGAACUAUUGCUACUACUAGUGAGCGUUCCUUUAGCAAUUAUGCAGCUCAGGUUGAUCAGACCAAAGACAAUCCUGUUUCCGACAUGUUGAUUGAUUCUUUUGGCCGUUUACAUACCUACUUGAGGAUAUCUUUGACUGAGCGGUGUAACCUCCGGUGUCAGUAUUGUAUGCCGUCUGAAGGUGUUGAACUUACCCCUAAGCCUCAGUUAUUGUCACAGUCUGAGAUUGUUAGGUUGGCUGGUCUUUUUGUUUCUGCUGGGGUUAACAAGAUUCGGUUGACCGGUGGUGAGCCUACUGUUAGGAAUGAUAUAGAAGAGAUUUGUCUCCAGUUGUCUAGCUUAAAAGGGUUGAAGAACUUGGCUAUCACUACCAAUGGUAUCACUCUUGCUAAAAAGCUACCAAAGCUUAAAGAAUGCGGGCUUGAUUCGCUUAAUAUCAGCUUAGAUACUCUUGUCCCAGCCAAGUUUGAGUUUCUGACUAGGCGUAAAGGGCACGAGAGGGUUAUGAAAUCCAUUGAUACUGCUAUUGAGCUUGGAUACAAUCCCGUUAAAGUAAAUUGUGUUGUCAUGAGGGGAUUGAAUGAUGAUGAGAUUUGUGAUUUUGUGGAGUUGACACGCGAUAAGCCAAUCAAUGUUCGGUUUAUUGAGUUUAUGCCCUUUGAUGGAAAUGUUUGGAAUGUAAAGAAACUUGUGCCUUAUGCAGAACUGAUGGAUAAAGUGGUCAAGGGCUUUCCGAGUAUAAAGCGUAUGAAAGAUCACCCAACUGAAACAGCUAAGAACUUUACGAUUGAUGGGCAUUGCGGUUCUGUUUCUUUCAUCACAUCCAUGACAGAACACUUCUGCGCUGGCUGCAAUAGAUUAAGACUUCUUGCGGAUGGGAACUUCAAAGUUUGCUUGUUUGGUCCCUCGGAGGUUAGUUUGAGAGAUCCUCUCCGUUCUGGUGCUGAUGACGAGGCACUAAGGGAAAUUAUAGGCGCUGCUGUGAAGAGGAAGAAAGCUGCACACGCUGGAAUGCUUGACAUUGCAAAAACAGCCAAUAGACCAAUGAUACACAUCGGUGGCUAAGCUCUUCUGACGUUGGUGAAGUUCUUGGAAAACACUACAAGGACCUUGAGUUUAAUAUAUCUAAGUAAGAAACUAUCCGCUGCUCCCAACUCCGUGACAAAGUUUUUGCAAAACAAUAAGACUGAAGAGUUUCUCAAUAUGUUUCUUCUCUGUAUACGUAGCAGUCACUGUACAGGCACUCAGAAUUUCUACAUGAACCUUUUGCACUUCAAUUACUUUUCUUGUGUACGAAAACAAUAAAAACUUAAAGAUUAUAUUGAUAAGAGAUUUCGACCUUAAA